AACAAAGCGAUAAUAUUAAUUGGAAUUCUAGUCAUGUGAUCAGUUGCUGCUAGAGUCCCGGAUCGUGCAGGGUGCAUCGCACUCACCUUUCGCAGCUCGAGAAACCGAAAGAAUGUCGCCUCUUUCGCGUUGUACGCCACUCGCUCGCUUUUUCGUUGCACUAAAUUUCGUUGUGGCGUUUCAAGUCGUUGCAGCGGCUCUCACAGACUCGAAAGCGAAAUUUGAAAAGACAAGUCGGACAUAUGUACUCGUCGACGGGCAAUACUUGCGAGAAGCAGUUCAGACCGUCGUGGAGUUGGCGAGAAGGCGAGAUGUCGAAACAAGAAGCGACUUGGCCAACAAUAUGGAGUCGAUGAACGUGGACAUCAUUGAUGUACAAGAUUCAGGCGAGACGUGCACAUGUUGUCUAGUGUACGUCUCCGUUGUUGUUCACUUGACCACAGCGUGCUUGCCGGACCAUUCGCCCCAGCUGAGAACUCCCGUUGUUUCCAUUCCGUCACGAGCUGGGCACCCGAUGGCAGCGACUCACGUGAGCUUCACAGGCGGUCGACGCUCCGAAAUUGCCGUCUUCCUCGCAGUUGCUUCAAGCAUGAAGUGGAAAUCGGUUGUAUACGUUGGUGAUACGAGUCCAGAUACGACGUUUCUGGAACAACUUCAAGUUGUGAAAACUACUACUCUCGUUUUCCGCGAUGUUGUGUCAAUAAAGGAUGGAGUUGCUACUGAUCCUUACAUUCUCUAUGAACGAGUUGCUUACGCAGACGCAGAUGUGCUGCUGCUUCAUUGCCACACUCGAUCAUGUUAUGAAAGUUUGAAGAAGGUAUUUCAAAUUAGAAACGAAAGAGGCAGUGAACAGUUUAUCCCGCCAUGGUUUAUCACAGAAAGUCUGACACAAAAUGUGAAAGUUGGAGCAUUGGGAGGUCCACUGAUUAUGCAGUCAACUACUCAUGGCUUGCGGAGGUCACUCUUUAGCAACCCUCAAUCUGACCAGCUGUUGACUGCUGUUCCAUCACUUGUAUUGUCACAUCAGUGCUACACUCGUAAUGACUGCCCAACUACUAAACAGGUGGAGGUGCUCGACUUUUACGAUUCUGUUGUAGCUGCUUCAUAUCUAGCAAAGAAUGAGAGUCCGUGUAAUGGUUCUCGUUCUUUGGCUAGCGUGCUUGAUGAGGCCAGUCUUCAAGGUAUUCACGGACCUCUACGUUUCGACGUUUCUGUUCACGAAAGAAUCCACCCAUCACUGUAUCACGUACUAGACAUUAGCCCUUCGCUAGCUACAACGAUUGGAGUGUACGACGUCAACUCGACUCACUGGCUGCACGAGCCGAAGCCGCUGGAUGAAUCACCGGGUUACUUGAAGUCACGUGGUCGCCACCGAAGGGAAGCGCGAGCAUCUAAAUGCUACAAAGCUGCUACAGAGACACAAAACAGCAUACCAAUACUUCGUGCCACUACAAUUAUUGGAAGAACCUCCGUUCGUUAUCUACGAUCCGAAUUCUAAAGUUUACCCGAACGAUCCUCACAACGGCGUCUACACGGGCAUAGUUGUUGAGAUGAUGGAUACACUUGCUGAAGAGUUACAAUUUGAGUACGUCAUGUCGGAACCUUGGGAUGGAAAAUACGGAUCAAUAAACGAUGAAACAGGAGAGGCGAAUGGAAUGGUCGGUCAACUGUUCAAUUGUGUGUGACCGUCUACGUAUAUCACCCGAAGUCGAAGACAAGACGUUAAGACUUAAUUAAUUGACAAAGUGAUUAUAAGCAAUUCUGACUAGAGUCCUAAACACGUGGUGAGAGGUAUGAAAUAGUUGAUUAAAUAAUAACUGCGACGAGACACCCUAGUGAAGCGGGACGUACCUGCUAUUAUCGAUCAUGCACACAUUUGCACCAGUAUAACCUUGCUGUAGGAUUGCUGCUGAGCAGACUAGAAACUCAAGAGUUUGUCAAAUCAUGCGCAUGCGCGUGACUGUAUAUAUGCACUAGAACGCAGAGUUAAUUAAAUAGAAAGUUUAUCUAUGGAAGAAACAUAUCCUAACGAUUCUGCAAGCACUUGA